UGUGUGUGUGUGUUUGAUGGCUUGAAUGCUGUUGCUCUACUUUUAAUAAGGUGUUGCUGAGCUUUUGUGUGCAGCCAGACUCCAAUGUGCAAAUUUAUUCUUUGGACUUCACAAGGUGCCUCCUUAAUGUGCUUUUGGAGAAAGAACUGAUGGAUUUUUAUGAAUCUCAUCUGCCAGGCAAGGUGGAGUUCUCCAGCAAAAGGCCAGUCUUGGUUCUUCAAAAUGACACCCUCUACUCCCAGAGGCGACCCUACACCAGUGAGGAUGAAGCCUGGAAAUCCUUUCUCGAAAACCCUCUUACAGCAGCCACUAAAGCCAUGAUGAGCAUCAACGGGGAUGAAGAUAGCGCUGCUGCCCUGGGACUGCUGUACGACUACUAUAAGGUUCCCCGCGACAGGAGAGCACCAGCAGUGAAACCAGAUGCUGAUCACUCUGAGCACGAUCAUACCAAAAGGAACAGCAUACCAAGCAUGAUGGAACAAACGCUCGUAUCUACAGGCGAAAACAGAGUGCAAGUCUUGAAAAACAUGCCUUUGAAUAUUGUGCUUCCACACACUUCCCAAAUGGCUGUUGACAAGAGGGGUCACCUGACAACUCCAGACACAACUGUCACAGUAUCCAUUGCAUCCAUGCCGACCCAUCCUAUCAAGACGGAAACGCAGUCACACAGCUUCACUGUCGGCAUUCCUCCGGCCGUCUAUCACCCCGAGACAUCUGAACGAGUGGUGGUUUUGGACAGGAGCCUCAACACAGACCAGUUCAGCUCUAGCUCCCAGCCUCAGAAUUCCCAGCGGCGUACUCCAGAUUCCACUUUGCCAGAGCCUUUUAAAGAAGGAGUGCAGGAGGUUUUCUUUCCUGCCGAGCUGAAUCUCCGGAUGGCCAGCAUAAAUUCUGAAGACUAUGUGUUUGAAAACAUUGCUGGGAACAAUUUUGAAUACACCCUGGAAGCUUCCAAAUCGCUUCGGCAAAAGCCAGGGGAUAAUACGAUGACUUACCUAAACAAGGGCCAAUUUUAUCCAAUUACGCUGAAGGAAAUUAGCAGUGGUGAAGGCAUCCAUCAACCCAUUAACAAAACAAGAGAGGAUCAACUCAGGCACUGGAAGUACUGGCACUCCAGGCAGCACACCGCCAAACAAAGGUGCAUUGACAUAGCUGAUUACAAGGAAAGCUUCAAUACCAUCAGUAAUAUUGAGGAGAUUGCGUACAAUGCCAUCUCCUUCACUUGGGACAUCAACGAUGAAGCAAAGGUCUUCAUUGCUGUGAACUGCCUCAGUACAGAUUUCUCUUCUCAGAAGGGUGUCAAGGGGCUUCCCCUGAAUCUUCAAAUUGACACCUACAGCUACAACAACAGGAGCAACAAACCUGUCCACAGAGCUUACUGCCAGAUCAAAGUCUUUUGUGACAAGGGGGCAGAGAGGAAGAUCAGGGAUGAAGAACGAAAACAAAGCAAAAGAAAAGUUUCCGAUGUCAAAGUACCCAUGCUUCCCUCUCACAAGCGAACAGACAUCACUGUCUUCAAGUCGUUUAUGGAUCUUGAAACCCAGCCAGUUCUUUUCAUACCUGAUGUUCACUAUUCCAAUCUGCAACGCGGAGCUCAUGUUUUUCCUGUUGCAUCUGAUGAACUGGAAGGUGAAGGCUCUGCCAUGAAGAGGGGGCCUUACAUCAGUGAAGACGAUUUUGCUGCCACCCCAAUUAAACUGACUAGAAUAGAAGAACCCAAAAGAGUGCUGCUGUAUGUCCGAAAGGAAUCUGAAGAAGUCUUUGAUGCCCUCAUGCUCAAAAUUCCGUCGCUGAAGGGUCUAAUGGAAGCCAUCUCCGACAAAUAUGAUGUUCCUUUGGAUAAAAUUGGGAAAGUCUUCAAGAAAUGUAAAAAAGGCAUCCUAGUGAAUAUGGAUGACAACAUUAUAAAACACUAUUCCAAUGAAGACACCUUCCAGUUACAGAUUGAAGAGACUGCUGGAUCUUACAAGCUCACUCUCACUGAGAUCUAAGCUCAUUUGGGGCCUUCUGUGGAUUUUAUAUGAAGAUUGUGAACACAAACCUCUCAUUAUUGUUGUCCUCAGGAUUAAAUUUGCCUCUAGGGGAAAAGCCAUUCUUCUUCCAGAGGAAGAAUACUUUCUGUUGUUCAAGCAAGGCUGAUUCAUUUCAGUCGCAGCUCCUAGUGAAUGAAAGUUAUUGAACAGAUUUUUCCAAAAUGGCAGAUCUUACCAAAGCACUAUAAAAUGACCGUCUGGUGAGGUCACCUGCAUAUUCUCUUAGCUUUAAAAUGUAUGGGUUUGUUUCAUCUGUUCCAGGGCUGUACAGGUACCAAAUUCCCAAUGAUAUUUGCGGGGAGGUUCCAGGCAGGUGUGGGACAGAAUUUUACGUUUACUACAGAACAGGGCAUAUUAGCUAUCAAUCAUUCUCCAGCCCCUUAGUAGGAAUGCCAGACUGUUUAGCUUUAUGAAGAACUUCCUUUUUAAGCUACUGUACUGAAUCCCGUUGGACAAGCUCUAUUUGUAUAUAACUGCAGUAUUUUUGAAGGGUUGUAAAUGUGUAAAUAGAAGUCAUAUAUAUAAUAUAUAUAAAAUAUCAUAUAUCU